AUGUUGCUAGAACGUCUAAGAGUCUGUGGAACAUCCGAUUUGUCAGAUCCCAAAGUCAAAUCCAAAUGUCAGAUUUUAUUUCAGUCGUGGGCAACCAAGUAUAAAGAUACUCCAGGUUUUGAGCUCAUUGUAGGCCUUUACAAGCAAUUACCACGCCAUAAACAGAUAUUAACUCAAGAAAAGUCGUCAGCUCUCAGAGAAUCUAAAAAAAGUCCAUUUGAAGACUGUGUAAACGACAAGUUAGAUACGAGCCCUCAAGUGCCAUCCCUGGCUCAUGCCCGUGACCCACAAUUACAGAGUAGCUCAUCACGGUCGGUUGCUUCUAUAUUUGGUACCCCAAUUGGCAGAAAGUUAAAGAAGGAGAACGAUAAAGAAAAACAGAACGCAAAAUCAGUCCAACUUGUGGAGGACAAAAAAAUCAAGAGUUGUGUUGCUGAAGCUUCUCUUGAAGUGACCAACCUAUUGAAUUCCUUGAAGCUAAUUAGCAGAGAACACGAGCAGAUUUCGGAUAACAAAUCAGUCGUCGAUCGAUUCGAAAAGUGUAAACUCCUCCGACGAAGAAUACUCCACUACAUCCAGAAUACUCAAUCUGAAGAAUGGUUGGGUCCGCUCCUCCAUGCAAACGAUGAACUCGUCAUCGCUCUCAUGACAUUUGAGCAAUUGGAUAGAUCAAUUGAUGCAGACAGUGAUUCUGAUUCAGAGAUCAUGAAUGAACAUUUGCAUGAUCAAUUGACCCAAAAAGCAAGGGAUGACGAUAUCGUUAAUCAGAUUGCUUGUCUAAAACCUGAUACGAAGGAAGGUCAUUUACAUCAGCGUCCUUAUCCAACUCAAAAAGAGAUAUCUCAACAACCUCACUUCGAAAGGGAUGCAGAGGAUUCGGACAGCACCGAUUGUGAUCAAGAUAAUCCAUUUUCAGAUCGAAAUGCUAUCAUCACCCAGUAG